UCUACUAAAAAAAGACCAUUAACAAACUUGGCAUCGAAGGCAACGGUCGAAAAUUUACAUUGCUCCCUUGAAAUUGAAAUUGCAACCUGAAGUUACAUACUUGAACAAUCAUGAAGCCAAAUUUGAACGGAACAAGUGAAAAUUAUCAAGCGAAUCAAAACUUAAUGCCGACAGCCACGAGCGAUUAUUACCCUCCUGCCCAGUACUAUCAACAGCAGUUUCCCAGUCAAGGAACGCGGCAGCACCAGCAACCUCAAGUACCAUACAAUUUGGGACAGACUGCGAACAUGCCAAUGAUGUUAUAUCAGUAUAAUCCUCCAAAGACGGCAUCCACAAAUCAAAUGGUCCCACCAGGCCAGCUGCAGCUUGAUCAACCUGUCGGAGGCGGACAAUAUUUUAUUGACGCCGCUUGCACGAUUCCGGUCGGUCAAUCCGGUAACCAGCAACCCCAACCCCUGCAACAAUAUGCCCCAUUCCAGCAACAGCAGCAGCCCCAACCCCAGUUCCAGAAAGGGCUUAAACUGUCGGGCCAAUGCAAGAAUCCCCGGUGCGACCGCUGCUCCGGUGGUCAGUCUGCUUUAGCGUCGGCGAACGUUAGGAGGUAGUGUCGAGUUGAUGCCUGUUUCGAUUCGCAAUAAAUUAGCUCGUGUUAAACAAAAUUUAUUACCUUAAAAAUAAAACUAUGUACUGCA